AUGAACAGUUUAGUUGAAAAUGAGCGAUUUCCUAUGGGACUCAGGGUUCUUGUUGUGGAUGAUGACACUACUUGUCUCAAGUUGAUGGACAAUCUCCUUAAAAAAUGUCACUAUCAAGUCACCACGACCAAUCAAGCAAGGGAGGCGCUGAAGCUUUUGAAAGAAAACAAUAACAAGUUUGAUAUAGUGAUCACCGAUGUUGAGAUGCCGGAUAUUAAUGGUUUCAAGCUCCUUCAGCUUGUGGGUCUGGAAAUGAAGCUGCCUGUCAUUAUGCUAUCAGCUUAUAGCGAUACAAAGCGAGUGAUGCAAGGCGUUAAGAAUGGUGCUUGCGACUAUUUGGUGAAACCCGUGAGGAUUCAAGAGCUCCAAAAUAUAUGGCAGCAUGUUGUGAGAAGGAACAAUAAGCUUAUUCCUCCACGAGGAGUGGCCAAAAGAGGAGAAGGCACUGAAGUAAGUUGUGGGGAUGACAUUAAUGACGAUGACGAGGACGAAAUGGAAAAUGAGGACCCAUCAACCCAGAAAAAGCCUCGACUUUUCUGGUCGGUUGAGCUACAUCAGAAGUUUGUCGAUGCUGUCAACCAGUUAGGCCCUGAUAAGGCCUUUCCUAAAAAGAUUCUUGACCUAAUGAACGUUGAAGGACUUACAAGAGAAAAGGUUGCAAGCCAUUUACAGAAAUAUAGGCUUUAUCUUCGAAAGGUAAAUUCUGGAAUGAGUCUGCAGCCAGGAAGCAAGCUUGGCUCGAUUGGGGCUGAUCCUGAGGAUGCACACAUAGGGGGAGGAUAUGGAAUAUAUCGCAGCCUUGCAGGAAACGGAAAAUUUCCUAAUAUAACAUCUAUACCACAGCAAGCAGCAGGAGGAAUGCUUGGUCGCUUCAACACUAAUGAUGGAUUAUUUAGUCUUAGAGCCCUCUCUUCUUCUCCAGUGAUGAAUUUUGGGAACAUAUCUAGUUUUCCUGCGAACCAAAAUACUCUACUUUCUACAACAGUGCAAAUGAAUAAUAAAGUUUCUCCAGCAACCGAUGGAACCUCACUGCUACCAUUAAACGCAAGAGAUUUAGGCGGCGGCCACCAAAUCUCAAAUAUUGGUGGCGUAGGAGUUGGGGGUGGCGCUAAUCUGAAAGCGAGAUGGGGGGCUACAAUUGAGUGCCCUCAAAAUCUCCUUUCAACUAGCGGCAACACUCAUCAAAAUCAGAGUAUUCAAAAUGACCCGCUUCAGUUUUGUAAUGGAGUCUCGUCAAAAGGAAAUGUGGUGGAUGACCCAAAGCUAUUUUGUGGUCGAGGGCAAAGUAGUUCUGAAUCCUUAGAGGAUGUCUUGGGGAGGUUUCUUAAACAGGGAAGUGAUGAAAAUACAACCGUACGAGAAGACUUUGGCCUUGAUCCCUUCCUCAUGCAAUAG